AUGCCUACCGACAACCGCGGCCAGUCUUACCAGUACUCGGGAUCUGGCACCAAUUCCCAGGGUAACCACUACUGCAGCCGCGAUUACGGUUCCAGUGCCCCGAACACGAACUCGUACCAUUACUCCAACACGAACGGAAGUUACUACUACUCGAAUGCCAAUGGCUCCUCCUACUACAACGACGGCAAGGGAAGUGCUUCAUACACGCCUCCCUCUUCCGGAAACGCCAGCGGAAAGAAGUAA